AUGGACAGUAAAACGAAUUCCGAAAAGAAAAGGAAGGAGAAGGCAUCUACUGUGAAUUCCUUACAUAAAUUGCCAGGCCACUUGCCUCAACUUCCUUCAUUGAGUUUCUCACUGAAUGAUAGCAUCAUUUCCAAGUCAAGCUAUCUCAGAAAGCUAACUGACUUGCCAACAAAGAAGCACACUCAUCUUCUCACGAAUGGUGACAAGAAUGAAGAUGAGUUAGUAUCUUGGAUGAAGUCUAUAACAGUUGAGGCUAAGAACUCAUUGUUGGAGACUCAAACUGAAGAGAAACAGAUGAUCCGACAAUUACAAAGUGAAAGAGAAAGAUUGAAUCAACAUGUGCAAGUAAACGACUCUGAGUUUGAAAAAUUGGGUCAGUUACUAGCCAGUGCUAAAAGGAACAAAGAUACUUUGAGUGCCCAAUCUGAAUCGAGCUUCGUAGAAGAGGAGGAACAGACCCCAAUAGUGGAUCAGAGUCAGUGGCAAGAUGAAGAAGUUCCUGAGCUUGAAGAAGAUGAUGAAUUCAAGGAGCCUCAGAAUGAAGAGAGUGAUUUGGGAUCUGACCUGGAAAUCAUUGAAGUGGAUGAUGGGCCAUCGUCUGAAGAUAACGAAGAUGAGCAGGAAUUUUCAGACGGACCUCGAUCUGAUCAAGAACUAGAGUACGAGAGUUCUGAGAAUGAAAAUGAUCUAAAAGACAAUCCGGUGGAAUCAUCUACCUCCACCCACCUCGAAUAUGAUGAGUCAGAAGUAACUUACGCUUUGACCUCUCUGCUUAACGAAAGUGCUGAAUAUGCUGAACCAACUGAGAAGAUUGCAAGAAUACAAAGUGAAGAACCCGAAGAAUCAGAAAAUAAUGAUGAUUCAGACGCCCGUUUUCCAGAAUUGGCAGAUAGUACGGUUGGCCAAACUCAAAUUCAGCCCUUCAACUCGCAAAUACACCAUGACAGCCAGGAAGAGGAAAGUCCCUUUGUAGAAUAUGAAGCAUUGGAGACCCAAGAUUCAGAAGAAGAAGAAGAACAGGGCCAAGAGGAGGGAGAGGAGGAAGAAAAAGAAGAAGAAAUUCAAGAAUUGCAAGGAUUGCAAGAGCAAGGCAAUGAACAGAGUGAAGAAGAAGAUGAGGACCAAGACACGCAAUCGGACCUUUCUGAGGAUAAAGAUGAUAUUCCAGAAGCUAACUAUAGAUACUCAUCUUCUUCAAUCUAUGGAUUCAUGCAACCUAGAGCCGAAACGUCUCAGAGCAUAGUCAAUGUGAGUUCUCCACAUGAAAAUACACAUUCGGAGAAUAACACUUCCGACGAAUCAUCAUCUCCUUCUCACGACACUAAUUACUUCACAGCUAAUAAUAACACCACUGAGUACUUGACACAUCAGAAAGAAGAUGAAGAAACAACAACUCAAGUUGAUACCGAUCUCAACAUUUUGGACUCUACUAACAUUCAAGGGAUUGCUGAGUUCAUGAUUAAUAUGAACCAGGAACUUUUGAAUCAAAGUGAAUCCCGGGGAAAGGUUGAGGAGGACAAAAUUGAUUCAGAAAGCGAUGCGGGUGAAGAAAAUUCACAAGAAUAUAGGUCUAAUUCCGAAUCUGCUAAUAAACCAUCAGCUACAGAUAAGGAACCUCCAAGUACCAUAGCGCAACAAAGACCAACAAUGUUUGAUAGCUCUAGUGACUCCGAAACAGAAGCUGGGGUGGCACCUCCAGUUUUCGUUCCUUCUGUUCUUGAAAUGUUGAGCUCUUCUUUAAAAGCUCACAAUGAACAACCGGCUUUAUCCCAUCUUUCAUUGGAACAUGAAUCGAACAAAGUUGAAUCUACGUCAACACAAGAGAGCAAAUCUAAUGCUGAUAUUGGAGAUGCGUGUAGAAACCUGGAUGGUGCAGUAACAGUCGAAGCAGAGAUCGAUCAAAGUAUGGGUGAAAUGGAAGAUAUAGAACCUGCACAUUUUGUAGAGGAUCUUAAGGCAACAUCUUCGCCGAUCGAUCAGGAGGGCUCUAAUUUGAAUUCUCUUUCUUCACAACCCUCGGCAGAAAAUAGCUACUCGGAAGCAAAUGCCAGUUUUGUACUAGAGGGAGAAUCUUCAAAUGAUUCAAACAAAUCAGAAUCGCCAGCUCAGCACUUACAUAUUUCGCCCGCAGAUAAUCCCGAAGACCGCAAUUCUACUGAUCGAUAUGAAGAACUUUUGAAGUCUCAAGCUGAGAUAGAAAACAAAUCGCCUCAUGAAGUGUGUGAAGUGUCGAAAUCGACGACUAUAGAUCACCCUGUAUCUGAUGAAGACGAAAACCUAACGCCUAUAAUUGACAGCAAUAUUGAUAACUUGCCAACCCUUCCAGCUUCUAGCCCAAACGUAGAAGAUAUGGAAUCUUUAGAUGAGCAAGUUGCAACGAACAUUCACAGUUCUUCCAGUUCUGAAUUUCAUACUGCAAAUGCACUGGCAGAUGCAACAGCUGAUCACAGUUUAACUCUGCAAAACGAAAAUUAUCAAAAAGACUUUGAAGAGUCUGUGAAACACCAAGAGUUGCAAAACAUUGAAUAUCAAGGAUAUCAAGAACUUGAAGAACAUGAGGAACUGGAAGAACCAGAAAUACAACCCAACAUUAAUGAUAAUUCUUUUACCGUCAGAGACCAACACUACAAGAACGAACACAGUAAGCAUGAACAAGUAGCACCAAAUCUUCAAAACAAUUUACAGUCAAAAGGUGCCGAAGAUGCUCAUAUAAAAGUGGCAUCAGAGGAGAAGCAAGAUCUUCAAACUACUGCCCAGCAAUUGGAAGAUACAAACAGCCAUUUUCCAGAAGAUUUCAAUGGUGAACCUUCGAUUUCAGAAAUGAGGGACAUAUCUUCUACUCAAGCUUUGACCAAUGUAAAUCUGGAAGGUUUGCAACCUAAUAGUGUAACAGAUGAGAAAGAUGAGUUGCCAUUGGAUACAGGUGUCUCAAAAGUGAAAAGUGUUCUUCAAAGCUUGCAAUUUGUUGAACAAAUAAUUGAAGAGGCUGUUGAAUAUGACCUUUUCCCUUUUGAUGAAGAUGAAAACGUCCGUUUGGAUGAAAAUAAUGAAACAAAAACGGAGCCAGAAAAAGUGGAAACAACCUGUGGCGCAAACAAUGAACAGGAUGUAGUUUCAACCAUUGCAUCCAUAGCACGGAAUAGUGAUCGUUCUUCUACUUUUUGUGAAGAAGAAGACACUGCUUUUGAAUCUGCUAUAUACCAAAACGAAUCAUUCGCUGAGGCUCAAAAUGAAGAAUCAGUUACAGCCGCCAACUUAAAUGGUCUGGGCCCUUUGUACCAUCAAUCCAGUAAUAUCCCUGGAGAAUUUUCUGAGAAUAUAACAAUUGAUAGAAAGAGUGAGGAAGAUGGUGCAGUGUCCGAUGAGCCUGAUAAACGUGAGGAAGAAAACGACUCGAAUGAUUCUGAGUCACUUGAAAUAACUUCCGUUGCUAGGAAUCAAGGAUCUUUGAUGGCCAAACAAAGUUCUGCCGAGGAUAAGGAGCAAAAGGAUGUUUUAGCUUUCAGUGUGGCUUCGAGAGCCGGAUCUGACCAUAAUGAUUCACAGGUCGAUGCCUCUGUAUCUGAUAUAGAUGACCCCAAUAAGAACAGCAAAUUUAAUGAGACCUCAGCAGAUGAAACUGUUCACAGUGAUUCCACUUUUAUACGAGACACUGAAGCAUUUAAGAAUGAACUGUCUCUAGGAAAUUCAAUAUUUUCCAGGCUUCGUGAAGUUCCUGAAAAACUUUUCACAGUAUUGAAAAGUGUUGAUGUCUCUGAUGCAGUGCUAGACAACUCUGAAGAACCCUUGAUGCAGAUUUCAGUUGAUCAAACGAAAUCUGGUAUUGACGAAGGUGAGGACGCACUAGAAACUCCUGUACAAUCAGAUGAAGAGGAUGAAGUAGUUUCUGCUGCUAUAGCAUUGACAUCAGAUGUGAUCCCAAAUAGUAGUCCUGGAAGUUCUAAUGAGAGCAGUUCAAACGGUGUUGUUGGCGAUAAAAAUUCAAACGAAAUCCCUCCUGACUCCAUGAAUGAGCUGGCAGCCUCCUCCGAGUCUGAGCCUGCAUCUGAAAGCAAUAUCCAAACCAAGCCUGAAAGUCAAGAAGAAAUAGAUCUCCAAGAUCUCCAGCACUCUUCAAUCACAGAUUCUGUUCAGCCUCCCAAUGUUGAAGAAAGGGUGAAUUAUGAGGAAAGUGCAUUAUUUCCUACCAAAGGUGCUAACUCUUUGGAUCAAACAAUUGAGUCUGCAUCGUCACCUAGAAAACAUAAGCUGGAAGAACUGAGCGAGCGUCCUAAGUUGAAGGUUUUGAAAUCUCUAUUCACACAAUUAUUUAAGAGAGACUCACCUAAUCAAGAACCUUCAGAGCCUGUUAGCGUCGCUAGUAACGACACAAAAGAAUCUAUUCACAAUGAUUACAAAACAGAGACCCUUGUAGUGAAAAGGGAGGAAACGGAAAUCUUUUCACCUAUUUCCGAGGAUGAUGACCAGUCACUGAGAAGCACAAAUACCACUUUGGAAAAUGAUCCAGCAACUAGUAUUGCUGAAACUGAUCAUAUGAACGAUAUAAACCAGAACACAGAGGAGGCCAGCGAAGAUUCAGGUGAACGAAGAUCUCGAUCUAGGUCCCGGAAGCCGUUAUAUGUUUCUACGUCGAGUUCAAGGCCAAAUCAGCGUAUACCUUCAACAAGUAGGGUUACUAGAAGCUCUGCUAAACCCCCUGCAGAGAGGACCCGGUCGAAGUCUCCUGUGCUUUGCUCACCGUAUUCUCCUGAUACCAGGAGAGUCUCCGGUAGACUGUUACAAACUAAUGCUGCAUCUAAGCAGUCUCCAGUUGAAUCGUCUAAUGACGGGUGGAGCUCGCCUAACAACCCUAACAAGUUGUCCACUGUGCACCAUCCUGGACCAGAAAAAGAAAAAGAAGAGCAAUCUAUAUCUGCGGGGGAAAUAUCGACAGUCUCCGAAGGGAAGCCAGAACCUUUUGACAAUUUUGAACUUCUUGUUGCCAAGAAAUCUAAAGCUUCAAGCCCUCACUCACUAAAGAAAGAGUCUAAAAGCAAAGAGCAAGCGGAGAAUCAGGUAACGCCUGUUACGUCUCCAAAAGUUCAACUCUCCACUCCCAAAAUUGCUACUCCUGGUCUAGGUUCUCCCGAUCACAGUUAUAUGAGGACAAGAAGUGGGAAGUUCAUUGGAGCCAAUACCGUUGAAGAACUACAGGAGGCCCAUAAUGAAGAGGUUUUUCAGAAUAACCUAAUCAGUGAAAUUGCCUCCGGCAAGAUUCAUAUAUCAAAGGUUUUAACAGAUAUAUCGAAGGAAAUGUUGUAUGAGACUGCAGACGACGAGAAGAAGCACCUGGAGGCAGACAAAGCUUUGUUUGGAGGAGAUCUCAACACUUUAAGACCUACGCAGGACCUUGCACAGGAACCCAAAUCGGAGAAGAAUCAAGCUCUUAUCCACGGAACAGACAGUGUUGGAGGUAGUAAGAUCCAAAAAGGUCGCAUUUCAAAAAAAGCUACACCUAAGCGCCAGUCGGAGACUUUAAAGAUGAGAGGAAGAGGUGAUGAGAUGAUAAGAGCUAGGGGUGCACUCGUGAGAGGUAGACCUAGAGGUAGGGGACGAGGUAGGGGACGAGGAAGAGGCAGAGGUAGAGGCCAAGCCAAAGGUGACUCCCAGUCAAACGAAUAA